AUGGACAUCGACCAGGCGGACUACGACCACUUCUGCGUGGACAAGAAUGGCAACGAGGGGUUCAGUGAGGUGCUGAAGCACGCAAGCGAGCAGGUCGACGGAUGGGGCCAGUUCUGCGGGCUGGGGAGGACGGGCGGGAGGUUCGAGACGCCGGUUGUGGACGAGGAUGAGGAGCGAAUUAAGGACUUCGUCAAAGGAAGACAGCAAAAGAAGGAGGAGUCAUGGUUCGAGGGGAAGAUUCAAUUAUUGUAA